UGACACCUAGCUUUCCCACGUUGAAAAAUACUUGUUUUCACACAUGUGUAUAUUUGAUUUUCUUCUCUUCCAAAGCCUUGUUUAUGAAAACUUCUCUCUAUCAAAAAUUCUUAGUUGAUCUUCUCCUUCCUUCCACUGAAAAUUAACAAGAGACAAGACAGGGUCCAAUAGUUCUAUGUUGAUGGGUUGUUGCUUUAGUGCAAAGGUCAAAGCUGAGAGUCCUACUCCUACACAUAAUGGUUUGAAUUCAAAGGUUGUUGGGAAAGAAGAGGAUGUUUUGAGUGGUUUAAGCAGGAGGGCCUCUUCUUCUUCACACAUGCUUCUAACUUCUAGAACUGAGGGUGAGAUAUUGGAAUGCAUCAAUUUGAAGUGUUUCACAAUCAAUGAGGUAAGAACCGCGACAAGGAACUUUCGUCCGGAUAGUAUGGUGGGUGAAGGUGGAUUUGGUUGUGUGUUCAAGGGUUGGAUCGACGAACAUACUCUUGCUCCGACUAAACCAGGUACUGGUUUUGUCAUUGCGGUGAAGAGGCUUAACCAAGAAAGCAGUCAGGGACAUAGUGAAUGGUUGACAGAAAUCAAUUAUCUGGGACAGCUGCGUCAUCCGAAUCUUGUGAAACUAAUUGGUUACUGCUUAGAGGAUGAUUACCGGAUUUUGGUAUAUGAAUUUGUUACCAAGGGAAGUUUGGAUAACCAUUUGUUUAGAAGGGCUUCUUACUUUCAGCCACUCUCUUGGAAAAUCCGUAUGAAGAUAGCUCUUGAUGCUGCUAAAGGUCUUGCAUUUCUUCAUAGUGAUGAAGUCGAUGUGAUAUAUCGAGACUUCAAAACUUCGAAUAUCUUGAUUGAUUCUAACUAUAAUGCAAAACUCUCUGAUUUUGGGAUGGUAAAAGAUGGACCAGAAGGCGGUAAGAGCCACGUAUCGACAAGGAUAAUGGGCACCCCAGGUUAUGCAGCUCCUGAGUAUCUAGCCACAGGUCACCUAACCAAAAAGAGUGACGUAUACAGUUUCGGAGUUGUUCUCUUGGAAAUUAUGUCGGGCAAGCGCACAUUGGAUACAAACCGGCCCUCUGGGGAGCAUAAUUUAGUUGAGUGGGCCAAACCAUUACUCGUGAGCAAACGCAAGAUCUCUCAAGUCAUGGAUGCUCGUAUAGAGGGCCAGUACUCGUUGCGUGAAGCAGUGAAAGUGGCUCACAUUGCCAUUCUAUGCUUGUCGGCAGAACAAAAAUAUAGACCAAACAUUGACGAGGUUGUGAGAUCGUUGGAACAACUUCAGGAUUCUAAUGACAAAACCGAUGGCCAUAGCUCAAGUAGCAGUGGCUUAAAACAUGGAAAAAGAGUCAAUGAAUCUUUAAGCGGAGAAGGUACUUCUAAUCUAAGUUCAUCAUCACCUUCUCCUCUCCACAAGUAAAAGAGUAAAUUUUUGGAGUAUUACAUAUAUCUCAGUCAGUAUACAUUGUUUUAAAGAAUAUAUACAAAGAUAGUGUGUUCUAUAUUCAUGAGCCAAAUUAUUCAAUGACAUGUCUAGUUACUAACUUGUUGUACAGAUUUUCAUGUCAAAAUGUUAGUAACAGAAGUGUUUCUUUUUUUUGUCAUUCCAACAUCUUUCUCAUCAGGCUCUAUCAUUCUGUGAAUAUGUUAAGUGAGUACAAGAGAUAAGUGUAACAAUGAUAAGUGCUUAUUUGAAUCAGCUGUAAUCACUCAUUUGAGUGCUUCUCAAUGCAUGUGUGCUCUGAUUUUGUUCAAGGUUAAAAA